AUGAUUUAUAAAAGAGAGAAAGGAAAGAGAUGUAAGCGAGAAGUAGUGUUCGUAUUUGUAUAUAGAAAGAAGAAGAAGGAAAAGAAGGAAAAGAAGGAAAAGAAGGAAAAGAAGGAAAAGAAGGAAAAGAAGGAAAAGAAGGAAAAGAAGGAAAAGAAGGAAAAGAAGGAAAAGAAGGAAAAGAAGGAAAAGAAGAAAAAGAAGGAAAAGAAGGAAAAGAAGGAAAAGAAGAAAAAAAAGAAAAAAAGAAAAAAAAGAAAGAGAAGAAGGAGAAAGGAGAUAAAUAUAUUAGAGAAAAGAAGUAUAAGUAUAACCAAAUUUCAAAAUGCGAGGGAGACAGCAACUUGCAAGCGAAGCGAAGCGAACUGA